AGACAUGAAGCCAGUAGAGUCAGAUUCACUUUACACAGAGACCCCUACAGAACAGAGACACAGACAUGGUACCUACAAUCACCUCAGCUAGCAUCUACUCUAAGGAGCACCUGACUCUGACAAACAAGUUAAGAAAGCCAGUGGUUGAGAAGUUACGCAGAGAUCGUAUCAACAGCAGCAUUGAGCAGCUCAAGUCUCUUUUGGGUCCAGAGAUCCUCAACCAUCCACCCGACUCCAAGCUGGAGAAAGCUGACAUCCUGGAGAUGACAGUUUGUUACCUGAGACAACUGCAACAGAACCAGACAGGAAGCCCCUCCUCCUGCUCAGCACCUGUCAAUCAGGGUUACUCCAGGUGUGUCCAAGAGAUUGCUCACCUUCUGUCUAAAGAUGAGGUGAAGACACAGUCCCAGAGAAGACUGCUGAGCCACUUCCAGAGCCUGCAGCCCUCCUCUGAUAAGAACAGGAGGGAGAGUGACCUGCCUCAGCUGAGCUCCUCAGACAAGCACAGCUUCAGCAAAGAGAGGAGUCCAGUCAACAGCGCCCUCUGGAGGCCAUGGUAGAGUCUUACAGACUGGAGCUCCACUCUCAGACAAACAGUUGACCGUAUUGGUCUAACAUUAAUAUCAUGGACAGUAAUGACAACAGGAAGACAACCUUUACCUCUUCUGUUUAUGCAGGACUUUUACAAGUCUUGGUGUUCUUCUUGGUUUUCUGAGAAAAUUGUAUAUACCAUCUACAUUUUGUAGUGUUUACUGACAAUAUCAUAACGUUUAUGUUUUUGGAAAUGUGAUCAAUAUAUUGAUCUUUACUUUCUAUUUCAAUUGUACUGAACAAGUUGAAUUUAUGUUUUUGUGAUUUUAUCCUAAGUUUAAAUUCUGAGGUUGGUUUUGUGAAACAUGUUCAUACUGUUGAUCAUGUGUUUAAAUUUGAUCAAUAAUAGGUCAACCCUUCAAUCAGGAUUUCUAAUGCAAACGUAUUACAUUACCAAUCCAUUUGGGAUUGACUAUUUUCUAUGUGUUUAUAAUAUUUUACCACUCCAUAUGUGUAGUGAUAUUGUCAUAUUGACUGAGUAUUGAUUAUCUUCUGUAAAGAAUGUAUCAGUUAUACAUUUGACAUUGAUCACCUUGAGAUACAGCAUCACUGCUCCUCCAUGAGGAUUAUUUUUACUAACUGAUUAUCAUACCAGUUGUCAUCUCUGUGAUUAGAGAUUAUUGAUCUGUUUUAAGAUCACACUUUAUGUCAAAUGUAACAUUAUAAUUAUGAUGAGGACAAAAAUGUCUACUGUAUUGUUAAUAUGGGAACCAUUGUUAUAUCUCAUUGUUAAACCUCUUGUUUAUUUUAAACAAUGAUGUUGUCUUUUAGAAAGACAGUAACUGUGGAUCCUUUACUCUGAUAGAGUAUCAUGUCUUGGAUAUUUGACCAAGUUCUGGUUUUGAUGUUUCAUCACUUAACUCUUUUGAAAUAUUUACCUCAUAUUCAAGUAAUGAAUAAAC